CUUAGUUGACCGUUACACUAAACACAGUGUAGGUACAUCAGGUUCGUGGAAGUUUCUUUUAGGUAAAUAUUGUCUCAGCUGUGGUUGUUUUCCAACUCCCGAAAAUAAACAUGUCCACCUGCCACUGACGCAUGUCGAUACCGUUUUAUCGAUAGUGGCGAGGUACACAAUGAAAAAAUGAUUUGAUAGCUGGUGUGUCAGACUUUUACAAAGGAAUGUUGGCGGAGAUAUGCGUGGUUUCACACUUGACUGUGCCAGUAAAAUUUGACGCGUCUGAUUAUGCCAGGAAUAGUGUCACAUGUGGAAGAUCAGUACUCAACAUGGACUGGCCUAGUAUACGUAUUCAACCUCAUUGUCGGCACCGGGGCAUUAACUUUACCAGCCGUUUUCAACCGAGCAGGAUGGCUGCUAGGGCUAACUGUCAUCUGCACAUUGGCUUUCAUAAGCUUCAUUACCGUCACAUUCGUGAUAGAAACCAUGGCUUCAGCAAAUGCUAUUAUGCAGUGGAAACGUUUGCAGCAAAUGAAGAGAGCUUUGCAAGUGAAUGAGUCACAAGAUGAAGACAGUGAUGAAGAUCAGCCACUGGUCUCCCCAGGAGUCUCCUGGGAAAAGUUUCCAAGCCAGCUGCAGCGGUACUACAUGAUCCAGGAAAAAAUUGAAAUGGGUCAGAUGGCAUCCCUUUUCUUUACAAGAGGUGGACGGACACUGUUUUUCUUGUGCUUUGCUGUUUACCUAUAUGGAGAUCUAUCCAUCUAUGGAACAGCUGUGGCAAAAUCAUUGGCAGAUGUUGCUUGCACAUACCAACCCGCCAACUAUUCGUGCAACAUGACACUACCAGUAAGUGCACUGUGCUGGGAGAAUUCAGAUAUUACAAGAGCAGAUGCAUACAGGAUCUUUCUUGGAGUAUUCAUCUGUACAUUGGGCCCUUUUGUAUUUUUCAAUGUGCAGAAAACAAAAUAUCUGCAGAUAUUGACAUCAGUUAUGCGAUGGCUUGCUUUUGGCUUCAUGACUGUGUAUGCUGCAUACAAACUUAUUGUUGAAGGGCCUAAGGGCCACCCACCAGCUGCCGACCUAUUGGGUGUUCCCAGUUUGUUUGGUGCGUGUGUCUAUUCAUUUAUGUGCCAUCACUCACUGCCUGCUCUAGUCGCGCCAAUAGCAGACAAAUCAAAACUGACACGUUGCUUGGCACUGGAUUAUUUGCUCAUAACUGUCUUUUAUUUACUGCUUGCCAUGACAGGUGCAUUUGCGUUUCAACAUCUGGAUGACCUCUACACACUAGACUUUGGACCACGAGGCUCAGGUGACUGUAACUCUGAUGAUGUAGGACUUUUAAUGAAAGUGAUAGAGUACUUCCUCGCCCUUUUCCCUGUUUUUACAUUGAGCACAAGUUUCCCGAUAAUUGCAAUAACGUUGCGCAAUAAUCUGAAGUCACUGUUCCUGACAGAUGGCCGUCACUAUAGGUGGUGCAUUCGUAAAGUUGUUUUCCCUCUCCUCGCUAUAGUUCCUCCUUUUGUUGUAGCAUUUACAACUGAAGACCUGAAAAAAUUGGUAGCUAUCACUGGAUCGUAUGCUGGUGCUGGCAUCCAGUAUUUUAUUCCAGCAGCCCUAGUCUUGGCAGCUAGGAAGAAGACAAUGGAAGUAAUAGGGAUGGGCGUGAAAAAUGACUUUUCUUCACCAUUUUCAGGCAGAGGCUGGGUAAUAUUUGUCAUUAUUUGGGCCAUUGCCUGUUUGAUUCUGGUGUCUGUAAAUUUUAUUAAAAUUUAUGUAAUGUGACGCAGGUGUAUUUUUAAUUCCUCUGUUAAUGUGUGUGCUAACGAUUGCAAUUUAAGUAUUGUGGAACAGUCAAACCAGGAUUUUUUUUUUAAGUGUGUCAUUUUUCACUCUAUUUACUCUUGUACUCUACAU